UUAAUUCCCUUCCCCUUAAACCCUAGCCAAAGUCUCUCCACAGUCGCUGCUCUGCUCGCGCACCUUGUCCCCCGGAGAAAAUGGCGGCUCGGUACGGAUCGCUGUCGAGAUCCCUGAUUCAGGCCGGAAGAUCGUCGGCGCUCCGGUCGUCCUCCUCAUCUCUCCCCCGCGGGCGGCCUCCCCAGAUCCCCCGCCUCCACUCUCGCCGUCCUCUCUUCACCGUCCCGAGGAAUUUGGGGCAAUUGGGAUGCGUUCAGUCGCUGAUGCCGCUGCACAGCACGUUGGCUUCCUCCAGGCUCACUUCCCACAUUUCUCUCGAGGCCCGCGCUUACUGCGAGCUGUCUCAGGGUACUUGAAGACACCUCUCAAUCAGCACAGGAGAUGCUAAACAGUAUGGAUCUUGAAGUAUACUCUCUUGGGGGCUGCUUUCAAAAGUAGAAUGCAUUGCAUGACUCUCUCUAUUAGCAUUUUUCUGUUUCGAUUUUAGUGUAUUGUAGGAAAUACUUUGGAAUGCUUUAGAACUAGGUAGGUUCAAGUUCAACCUGAUUAACCUUUAAUCAUUCUUCAUCUUUUUUAAUUUAUGCCUUUAAACUGUCAAGAGGUUCAGAAACAAAUUAGUUCCUGAGUGAGCAUGUUGGAAUUUCAGUGAAUUUAUUUCUUUCCAAUAA